UCCCAGACAGUCCAGACAGGCUCAGCAGCUCAGCUCAGCUCAGCUCAGCCCUGCUCAGCCUGGCUCGGCCCAGCUGUUUCCUUCCCCACUGAUGGCUGGUCUCAGCAUGACCAACGGUAGCGCAGAGCUGCCAGGGUACCGAGCCCUGGAUGCUUCUACUGUGCGCCUUCUGCAGCCUCUCUGGGACAUGAUCAAGGCCAGAGAGGGGCUGCUUCAGUCCCCUUUCUUCCCGGUCCUCUUCUCUGGAACCACCUACAUGGCCUUCUGCCUACCUUUCAUCAUCCUGGACUUUGUGGGCUACAGGGUCCCAGCCCUGAGGAAGUACAAGAUCCACCCCAAUUUCUACCCAUCUGCAGGGCAAAUCCUGCCCUGCUUGCUGCACACAGUCUAUCAGCAUGUGGUCUUCAUCUUCCCUGUGACUGUUCUCCACUGGCACUGGGGCCCCCAGACCUGGCCAGCGGUGGCCCCGGGCCUCUGGGAGCUUCUCUACCAUGUGACUGUGUGUCUUCUGCUCUUCGAUGCCGAGUACUUCGUGUGGCAUGUGUUGCAUCACAAGGUCCCCUGGCUGUAUCAGAACUUCCACAAGGUCCAUCACAAGAACACGAGCCCCUUCGCCUUGGCUACGCAGUACCUGAGCGUCUGGGAGCUCUCCUCUCUGGGCUUCUUCAACUGUGUCAACCCUGCGCUGCUUGGCUGCCACCCACUGACCACCAUGACUUUCAAUGUGGUCAACAUCUGGCUGUCCGUGGAAGACCAUUGUGGCUAUGACUUUCCCUGGUCUACACACCGGCUAGUGCCUUAUGGCUGGUACGGUGGGGUGUCCCACCAUGACAUGCACCACAGGAAGAUCACGUGCAACUAUGCCCCGUAUUUCACUCACUGGGAUAAGCUACUGGGGACUCUGAGCCUGGGCUUCUCUGCAGGAAAUCCCCCAACCCCAGCCCCUUGGAACUGAGCCCACCUUGGGGGUGCAAGGUGAAAAAAAGAGGAAUCUAUUUUAAGGGAGAGAUUAUUGUCUAGUUAGAAGCUAUGAGAAAUGGGAUUUCAUGUAUUUUUGCAGUCUGAGCAUUUUUAUUUUGUACAAGAAGAAUGCAAAAUUAUAUAAUAUAUGCAUAUAUAUGUAUAAGGCAUAGAGUUCUAUAUGUACAUAUCGCUGUCUAACUAAGCCGAGAUAAUGCGUCGACUUGACCUUGAAUGCCAGCCCUCUGAGGACUCAGAUGCAUUUCCCGGCACUCCGUUGCUGUGACAGCUUGUGUUGGUGUCUCUUCAGGGGGAUUGCUGAGACCACUUUGGCGAAUGAAUAUGCUUGUGAGAAAGCAUUUUCCCUGGGCUGAAAUGUGUCCUUGAGCCAGGCUAGCACACCCCCCCGGGUUGGGUUUUGUACCUCAUCUGGCCGACUCACCUAUUUAUGGAGCUGAUUCCUGCUGGACAGUGAAAAAGCCAAGAGGAUCUUUCUAUUUUUCCUUCCUUUGUACUGUAAUCUGUAUUUAUACUGCACUACCCAAUGUGAUGUUUGUGUUUCUGAUUUUUAAAAAACAAAAACAAAACAGACAAAACAAGUCCCGUGUUGUGUAUUUGGCAUCUUGAAUUGGGGACCUUCAGAGUUGGUCUGUUACUUAUUAUGUCCUGUAUGGAUGUGGGCAAGUAUCUUCCCCUCCCUGUGCCUCAAUUUCUUUCUCUGUAAAAGGAAGAUCUUCAGGAUCCCUUGCAGCUGAGACAUUCAGUGCUGCUGGUGAUGUCAGCCUAUAGAAGGGAGGGAAUGAGUGGAGAGAAGAUGCUGCUAUGUGAGUCUGCUGAGCAACUGGCAGCCAGGACUGAGCUGGUGCUUGUGGGAUGUCCACCCACAGG